AUGUAUAAAAAUGAUGAAUGUUCAAAAUUAAAAAUGAUUAAAUUAAAUUCGAAUGACAAUCAAAUAUUAAAUGUAUCCAAAAUUGAUAAACGUUUAAAAUUAAAUGAUUAUACAAUCCUUGGUACACAUAAUAGUUAUCAUUUAGAAAAUUUUUUUUAUAAAUAUUCUCAUAAAUCAUUAACAAAACAAUUAUUAUUUGGUAUUCGACAAAUUGAAUUAGAUAUUCAUUUAAUGAAAAAUAAUAAUCUUAUUUAUCAUUUACAAAUAUUUGAUGAUAAAACAAAUUGUUAUUGUUUUAAACAUUGUUUAAUGAAAAUAAAAGAAUUUACAUCGAAAUAUAAAUAUCAUUAUCCAAUUUAUUUAUUUAUUGAAAUUAAACAAAUGUUUUAUGAAGAUAUUUUUACUGGAUUAACAGGUGGUGUUAAAUGUCAACAUUUUCAACAAAUAAAAAAAGAAAUUUUAGAAAUAUUUUCAUAUCAAACAUUGAUUCUUCCGAAACAAAUUCAAGGAAAUCAAAAAUCAAUUAAAAUAGCGUUAAAAAAACAAAAACAAAAACAAAUUCAAGGAGAUUUUAUCUAUAGAAAUUAUGGUUGGCCACCUAUUUCAACUAGUUUAGGAAAAUUAAUACCGGUUUUUCUUGAUGAUGUUCACAAUAUCGUUGUAGAUUUAUAUUAUCAAUGUUCUUCAAUUAGGAAUUUCUUUUUUAUUUCUCAAAAAAAUCAAAAUCUUCCGUAUUCAUCCAUCAUAACUAUAUCAAAUUCAAUUAAAGAUAAACAAAUUUUAAUUGACAGUCAUCAAAAUGGUUUCUUAAUUCGUCUUUUACUUGCAUAUGGAAAUAAAAAUAUUUUUCAAACCUAUCAAUUAACUAAACACUAUGGAAUUCAUAUUAUUAGUUCAGAUUCAAUACAAUGUUCUCGAACAUUAUUAUGUCAAAGUUUAGCAAAAGAUUUUAAACAUUCAACUAUUUUAUGUAAUAAAUAUUCUUCUCCUCAUUUCUGUAAUUCAUCAAUUUCAUUUUUUCAAAAAAAAAUAAAAUAA